CCUUUGAUACUGGUGAUAUAAACGGUGGAGCAGCCGGACAGAAGCGCUAUUUCUAGCUCGUGUGACGCUCAAGCCCAACUCGACCGCCAUGGAGUGGAAGCCUAUGGAAAUCAACCCUGAGAUGCUGAACAAAGUGUUGUCUAAACUGGGCGUGGGCGACAGCUGGCGUUUCGUUGAUGUCUUGGGGUUCGAGGACGAGCCUCUGGCCUCGGUGCCGAAGCCAUCUUGCGCGGUGAUGCUGCUGUUUCCUCUCACGCCUCAGCAUGAGACCUUCAGAGAAAAGCAGUCCACAGAGCUGGCUGAGAAGGCCAAGGAGAUCCCCAGCGUGUACUUUAUCAAGCAGACCAUCGUCAACUCCUGUGGCACAGUCGGGCUACUGCAUGCUGUAGCCAACAACAAGGACAAACUGGAAUUCAAGAGUGGAUCGGCACUGAAGAGCUUCCUGGAUAAAACCGCCAGCAUGUCUGCAGAAGACCGGGCCAAGGAGCUGGAGAAGAGCCAGGCCAUCCAUACAGCCCAUGAUGAAGUAGCAGCAGAAGGACAGUGCAGGGUAGAGGAAGAUAAAGUGAAUUUCCACUUCAUUACCUUCAUCAAUGUGGACGGGCACCUGUAUGAACUGGAUGGAAGAAUGAGUGUGCCUGUUGAUCAUGGGGCUACAAAAGAUGACUCGUUCAUCAUGGAUGCUGCCAAGAUCUGCAGGCAGUUUGUGGAGCGUGAGAAGGGGGAAGUUCGAUUCUCGGCGGUGGCGCUGUGCAAAGCUGCCUAAGCCCGUAGUUGCGUGCUCGCGAGGGGGGGGAGAGAUGCGGUUUGCACCAAAAACUAGCACACGCGCACAGCACGUAGAGCCAAGCUUGCAGAAGCCUUGUGUUUUGGUGUCUCCUACCAAGAUGGGGAAUUCUUGUAGCAGUUCUUAAGUACUAAAAUGUCAGUUGUCCCAUCUCUUCUCUGACCACUUCCCACCUUUCCUUUCUGGUGUUGGAAUAGUUGUUGAGGAUGGGCCUUCUGGAGGUGGGGAAAAAAAAAAAAUGCUAAAGUGCCUCUUUGUGGUUUUGAAGUUGCCGGGGCGGGGGGAGAACAUGCUGAGAUGUUCCAGUUAUGAGUUUCUACCUUUUUGAAGGCCGCAGUACUCUGUUGCCUUUCUCGCCAUGUCCAUUUUGUUCACUUUGUUCCGUGUUUAGCGCUGAGCUGUUGUGGAAGACCAUUAAAUGCCUCUGGGCAACAAUC